AUGCAAUUUGGUAACUGUGGCCCGGAUGACAAUCAUUUGUACUAUCCGAAAAAAGCACUGGCAUAUGAGUCACGAAUCGGUGAAGGCGGCUAUAUUGUUGUUGAUCGGGGCGAAACGAAAGCUCGCAUGCAGCUUUUCUCAAAACGUGGAGAAUUCAUUCCGUCGCCGGCGGUCGAAUACGUUUCGGCAAUGACAAUGAACGAUUCGUUAAAUCUGGUGGUAUUUACCAGUUUGGUGAAGAUGUAUUUUCUGGAUAUUGAUCAGCUGGAACCUCUCGUGCUUCGGACUGUUGAUUGUUCGAAAUUUAUCGGUGAACCCUCGGAUGUUGCGUUCUAUCGAAAUCGUUAUUUUGUCACUGAUUACAAGCAUCAUUGUGUUGCCUCACUGAAUGCAGAAGGUGAACUAUUGUGCCGUUUCGGAUCGUACGAGACCACACCAUAUCCAAUUGGCAUCGAUGUUUCGCAAAGCGGUGAUGUUUUAGUUUCGCGUUGUGUGGGACUACGUUUGACAGCCGAAGGUUUCCUGGUAUCUGUCUCAAAGCACAACCAUACAUUGCUUAUUUUCAGUACCAUCUUCGUCAAUCCAUCAAAUAUAAGUAUUUGA